ACCACACAUACACAUUAUCUCUUCUCCGCACACACCCCUUUUCCCUGUGUCCUCUGUGCGACCACCACAAGGCUGGUCUACGGUUGUGUUUCUGCAGUCUCUUCUUGCCUCCAGCCUCCACUGCCUGGCGACACGACUUCUCACAGACCAUCUGGUCACACACUUCCUCUGGAGCGCUCAGCUUGGAUUUAAAAGUGGUUUUAGAUCCAGACAAAGCCAAAGGGCAGGACGCUCUGUGUGGAUUUAGGAGUUUUGUUAAAAAAAAUUCUUCUCUUUCUCUGCUCACUGAGUCUUACAAGAUGGCUGCCUUGAACGGCUGGUUGUUGGGGCUGCUGCUCGUGCUCCUGUGCCCGUUCCAGAGCCCCCUCCCUGGGGCUGCGGGAGCCCAGGAGCUGGGGGAGGCCGUGGGGGAGGAGGUGAGGACGGAGGCCGUGGGGGAGGAGGUGAGGACGGAGGACGCUGGGGAGGAGGCCCAUCUGGAGGAGGCGGUCGCAGACGAAGAUGGAGAAGAUGAUGAUGAUGUUGGUGAGGAAGAGGAGGGUGAGGAGGAAGAGGUGGAGGCCGCAGAGGAAGAGGAGGAGGAAGAGGAGGAGGAAGAGGAGGAGGAAGAGGUGGAGGAAGAGGAGGAGGAAGAGGUGGAGGCCGCAGAGGAAGAGGAGGAGGAGGAAGUAGAGAUGGAGGCCGCAGAGGAAGAGGAGGAGGAAGAGGAGGAGGAAGAGGAGGAGGAAGAGGUGGAGGAAGAGGAGGAGGAAGAGGUGGAGGCCGCAGAGGAAGAGGAGGAGGAGGAAGUAGAGAUGGAGGCCGCAGAGGAAGAGGAGGAGGAGGAAGUAGAGAUGGAGGCCGCAGAGGAAGAGGAGGAGGAAGAGGAGGAGGCCGCAGAGGAAGAGGAGGAGGAAGAGGAGGAAGAGGUGGAGGCCGCAGAGGAGGAGGAGGAGGAAGAGGAGGAGGCCGCAGAGGAGGAGGAGGAGGAAGAGGAGGAGGCCGCAGAGGAGGAGGAGGAAGAGGUGGAGGCCGCAGAGGAAGAGGAAGAGGAGGAAGUAGAGAUGGAGGCCGCAGAGGAAGAGGUGGAGGCCACAGAGGAAGAGGAGGAAGAGGAGGAAGAGGAGGUUGCAAGCGAAGAGGAAGAGGCAGUUGAGGAGGAGGAAGAGGAUGCUGCAGAUAAUGAGGGUGGUGAUGACACGGAGGAUGAGCUCCCGGAGCUGAGCGCUGAUGUCGGAGGCCUGCCUCUCUUCCAGACAGGCUCUGUGUGCAGCAUCUGCUCUGUGUGCGAGCAUUGCAGCAGCUGUGACCAGUGCCCAUGUGCAGAAGGAGACGAGGCUGAACACUGUGGACACUGCCAGGAAUGUGCUUACUGCUACGUUUGCCCUGUAGUGUGCGACACCAUUUGCAAACCAGGUGGAUUUGUGGACGCCCUGUCUAGAACCCUCUUUCAGACGAUUUCUUCCUUCCUCUGAGUCUCCUGGGUCAUGUGACCGUGAGGCCGCGUCCAGAACCAGGAAGUGUAGAUGCUCUUAGCAGCCCUGAUGUUUAUGAUUUCAAGUCCCCAAUCCCUGUGGCCCUCUGAGUGUCAUGACAUCAUAGCAACGCUCUGUGAUUAACGAUACGGAGCAUUUCUAAAUGAAGUGGUCUUUAUUUAUUGUUUAGGUAACUACUGCAAAUAGGACUUUACAGCUAGCUCAGAUAUGGAAGGGUAUUGAGUGAAUACAUUUUGUUAAUAGGAUAUACAUUUAUAAUAAUUGAUUUCUGCAUUUCAUCCCGACUGUAAUAUAAAGAAAUAAAAUUGAUAAUAAAUAGUUAUUAAUUUAUAAAAAG